AUGGUGAAUUAUAUGGUGGAACGCGCUACGAGCGACAUGCUCAUCGGCCCUGAUUGGGCCAUGAACAUCGAAAUCUGUGACAUGUGCAACCAUGACCCUGUGCAAGCAAAGGAUGUUGUUAAAGGUAUAAAGAAGCGCCUUGGAAGUAGGAAUUCAAAAGUUCAACUUCUAGCACUUACACUGUUGGAAACAAUAAUAAAGAAUUGUGGAGACAUUGUUCAUAUGCAUGUAGCAGAGAAAGACCUCCUCCAUGAGAUGGUAAAAAUAGUAAAAAAGAAGCCGGACUAUCAUGUCAAAGAGAAGAUAUUGAUCCUGAUAGAUACUUGGCAAGAAGCUUUUGGAGGGCCAAGAGCAAGAUAUCCACAAUAUUAUGCUGCAUACCAGGAAUUGUUGCGUGCUGGAGCAGUAUUCCCUCAAAGAUCUGACUCAGCUGCACCGCCUGUAUUCACGCCACCCCAGACACAACCAUUGACAUCAUUUCCUCAGAAUUUGCAAAAUCCAGAUUUUCCAAAAGAUGCAGCUGAGCCUUCUGCAGAAGCCGAGUUCCCAACCUUAAGCUUGACGGAAAUUCAGAAUGCACGGGGUAUUAUGGAUGUCUUGGCAGAAAUGCUAAGUGCAAUUGAUCCUGGGAACAAAGAGGGGCUUAGGCAGGAGGUUAUUGUUGAUUUGGUUGAGCAGUGUCGUACAUAUAAGCAGAGAGUGGUACACCUUGUUAACUCGACUUCGGAUGAAUCACUUUUGUGUCAAGGACUAGCGCUGAAUGAUGAUUUGCAACGUCUUCUAGCCAAGCAUGAAGCCAUUGCUUCAGGAAAUCCAGUUCAGCCAGAUAAACCCAAGUCAGGACCUUCUGGAGCACUUGUAGAUGUUGGUGGUCCUCUAGUUGACACUGGAAAUGACCACAAACAGCUAGAUGGGAGAUCUACCUCAAGUGCCGGUGCAGGGUCUAAUCCACUUAAUCAGUUAUUGCUUACUGCACCUCCUGCUACUAAUGGUCCAACUCCAACAACAAAGGUUGAUCCCAAGAUGGAUCUUCUUAGCGGUGAUGACUUUGGCUCACCAAAGGCAGAUUCACUGGCUCUUGUUCCUGUGAGUGGUCAACAGCCAACCGCUCCUCUAGCCAAAUCAAUCCUUCACCACCCCAAUUCCAACAGCAGCAGAAUUUUCAAGCUUCACAAGGAGGUUUUUACCCAAAUGGAAGUGCCCCGAACAUGGGGGGCCCCUCAGUAUGAACAGGCACAGGCACAGUACACACAAGGUGCUGGUCCUGCCUGGAAUGGUCAGAUUGUGCAGUCGCAGCAGCCACCUUCACCAGGCUACGGUUCACCAACUAGUGGAUCAUUACCACCACCUCCCUGGGAAGCUCAGUCAACAGAUGAUGGUAUCCCAGUCGCAGGUCCUCGCUACCCUCAACCACCAGUGCAAGUUACUACCAAAGUGGUUGUCACACAUGGGCAGGGUGGUUUCAAUCCCCAGGGACCUCAACCGACAGGGAGUGACCAGGUAGUAGGUAUGUACAUCCAGCCAAUUACGACCACCCAUUUGUCAGCAAUCAACAACCAGGUUGGUCCAAGCAGUCAUUUGGGUUUGCCUGCUCAACCAGUCCAAGGGCCAUAUACGGGUAUGACUCCGCAGGCCAUUCAAGCGGGCCAGAUGACAUCUAUGUAUCCUCAACAAAUGUAUGGUAAUCAAAUGGUCCCCUAUGGCUACGAUCAGCAACAGCAACAGCAGCAUCAAGUGUAUGCCCUUCAGCAACAGCAACAUCAACAAGCGUAUGCACUUCAGCAACAGCAACAGCAACAGUAUGCCCUUCAGCAACAACAACAAGCAUAUGCCCUUCAGCAGCAAAUGUAUGGUCUUUCUGUUAGAGAUGAUAAUGGUAUGAAAAACUCAUACCAGGUUUCCGCUCCAUCUUAUGUUACGCCCAGCAAGCCAUCCAGGCCGGAGGACAAGCUAUUUGGAGACCUUGUUGACUUUGCAAAACUCAAGCCAACUAAACCCACCUCUGGUGCAGCCGGUAGCGUCUGA